CACACACACACACGCACGCACUGAGAGUGACUUGUAGCAGCCAGCGCAGAGAGGGAGAGAGGGAGGGAGAGAGCAGCGCAGAGACACAGAAAGGUACACAGAGAGGAGAGUGGACGACAGAAAGUCAGAGAACCUGAAGGAGGACGGAGCAUCUCCCGCGCAGCGCUCACCCCCGCAGACCACGGACCCUAACAGUCUCUACAGAUUAAAACUUUUGCAAAGAGGCUUAAUAACUUUUCUUUUUUGUAUUUUUUGGAGUUGACACAGAGGCGAUUCUUGGAUUUUUCUGAUUUUUUCCCUUCCAUUUCCCCCCUAAAAGCAAGUCUUUCCAUCUCUCGAGAAGUUUGAAACAGUAAAAGUCCCGUCACUGCUCCGGUGCGCCACUUUUUUUCCACGUGUCCCCGGGCGUCCCGGCGUCUGACACGGCGUGACACCUUUAGACUUUUCCCUCGGUUUAAAGCUCCUGAUUUUUUUUCUUUCUCAUUCUGAUUCUUUUUUAACUUAAUUCAACUCAGUAACCCACAAGCAAGACUGAAAAUGAAAUGUCAAACAUCAGCGCUGUCCCCAGUCAAGUGUGAUUCCAGUCCGAAAUGUUUAAGUCAUUAAAACAAAGUGAGUUUUAGUGAUUUAGUCAUUUUUUCCGCUUUGGAAGUCGAGGUGUCAUAUUGGAGACAAGCUCACCUGACGCUGAUUUGCACUUUUGAGGCACAAAAGCACCACACUAUCGUUGUGAUCAUCUCCAGAUAGAAAUCCAAACGUUGACAGAGGUAGAAGUCGAGCUCUGCAGAGUUCAUUCAUUCUCAGAGCGAAGCAGCAGAAAAAAAAGAAAGAAUCAAACAAACCUGCCAUCCAUCAUCCCGGAGAUCUACACAGUUUGUCCCAUCCAAAAGUUUGCGCGCAACUUCCCCGUGCAGAGCUGCAGAGCUGCAGAGCGCAGCGGCUCUCCAUCCGCACCAUCAUGCUGUUCGACAGCUUCGACCUGGUCUCGGCUCUGGCCACGCUGGCCGCCUGCCUGCUGUCCAUGGCGCUGCUCUUCGCCGUGUCCCAGCAGCUGUGGCAGCUCCGAUGGACGGCCACGCGGGACAAAAACUGCAAGCUGCCAAUGCCCAAAGGAUCCAUGGGCUUCCCCUUCAUCGGCGAGACGUGCCACUGGCUCCUGCAGGGUUCGGGUUUCCACGCGUCGCGGAGACAGAAGUACGGCAACGUGUUCAAGACUCACCUCCUGGGCCGUCCCCUGAUCCGCGUGACGGGCGCCGACAACGUGCGGAAGGUGCUGAUGGGCGAGCACACGCUGGUGACGACGGACUGGCCUCAGAGCACCUCCACGCUGCUGGGGCCCAACUCACUGGCCAACAGCAUCGGAGACAUCCACCGCAAGAGGAGGAAGGUGUUUGCCAAAGUGUUCAGCCAUGAGGCCUUGGAGUCCUACCUCCCCAAAAUGCAGCAGGUCAUCCAGGAGAGCCUCCGGGUGUGGAGCUCCAACCCCGAGCCCAUCAACGUCUACAGGGAGAGCCAGAGGUUGUCCUUCACCAUGGCGGUGAGGGUGCUGCUGGGCUUCAGGGUGUCGGAGGAGGAGAUGAGGCAUCUGUUCUCAACCUUCCAAGACUUCGUGAACAACCUGUUCAGCCUGCCCAUAGACCUGCCCUUCAGCGGCUACAGGAAGGGUAUCCGUGCACGAGACACCCUCCAGAAAAGCAUUGAGAAAGCCAUCAGAGAGAAGCCGCUGAGCUCCCAGGGGAAGGACUACAGCGACGCGCUGGACGUCCUGAUGGAGAGCGCCAAAGAGAACGGCACGGAGCUCACCAUGCAGGAGCUGAAGGAAUCAACCAUCGAGCUCAUCUUCGCCGCCUUCGCCACGACGGCCAGCGCGAGCACCUCCCUCAUCAUGCAGCUCCUGCGCCACCCUGCCGUCCUGGAGCGCCUGCGGGAGGAGCUGAGGGCCCGGGGCCUCCUGCACAACGGCUGCCUCUGUCCCGAGGGGGAGCUGAGGAUGGACACCAUCGGGAGCCUCAAGUACCUGGACUGCGUCAUCAAGGAGGUGCUGAGACUCUUUACGCCGGUUUCCGGAGCCUACCGAGUUGCCAUGCAGACCUUUGAACUAGAUGGAGUCCAAAUUCCCAAAGGCUGGAGUGUGAUGUACAGCAUCCGGGACACUCACGACACGGCCGCCGUCUUCAAGGACGUGGACGCUUUCGACCCCGACCGCUUCAGCCAGGAGCGCAGCGAGGACAAAGAGGGCCGCUUCCACUACCUCCCCUUCGGCGGCGGGGUCAGGUCCUGCCUGGGGAAGCAGCUGGCCACCCUCUUCCUCCGCAUCCUGGCCAUCGAGCUGGCCAGCACCAGCCGCUUCGAGCUGGCCACCCGGCAGUUCCCCCGCCUGAUCACGGUCCCCGUGGUCCACCCCGUCGACGGGCUCAAGGUCAAGUUCUACGGCCUGGACUCCAACCAGAACGAGAUCAUGGCCAAGUCUGAAGAGCUGCUGGGAGCCACGGUUUGAGGGGGGGGGGGCGGCGGCUCGACGGGUGUUUAGGUGGGAGUCUUCAGGGAGAAGACUGAAGGAAGGAAAAAGGAACUUUACAGUUAUUCUUUCUUCUCUACCUUUGUUCUGCCGAGUUGGACGUUCCCAUCAGACUCGAGCAGAAGUCUUCGUCUCUCUCUCUCUAAAAGGUGAUAAUCGGGACUUUCCUUCAAGGAAGAAGCUGCCAAAAAGUUCUUUAGUAUACUCUAUUCUGUGUCUUUUUUUGAAGAAAUUUACAAAACAGAUAUGUACAAAAAGCUAUGUAAUAUAAUUUGAAAGAGAAAGUGGUUCGUGCACAAAGGGACUUUUGGUGAAAUGAAGUGCUGAAAUUAGACAAGUGAGGGCGGUCGUGGAAGGAGGGCGAGAUGGAGAAAACAGGGUAUAGGACGAAAGAAUAUAAUCUAAUACUUUGCUUGUGCUUAAUCAAAGCCAGUGAAUCGUUUGAGUUGUAUAUCAGGGUAUAAAAGAUGGUUAUAUGAAAUAAAUGUUCUAGAUCGCCUGGUGAUUUUCAACCAGAACUCUUCCUGUUCAACCAAUAUCUGACCAAUGGGUUUGAUCCAAUUAUUAUCCUCUUUCAUUUAAAAAGGUCUAGAGAUGCAGACUAAGGACUCAAAGGACAUUGGGUAGAUGACUGUGGUGAAGAAGGACCAUUCCCUCCAGCUAACUGUGUCACAAUCCAAUAAAUCCUUUGAGCAGUGUGUUAGUUGGGUGAAGUACCAAUGCAAAAGGGUUUUGCUCAGAAAUUAAGAAUGUAGCAGCGAUGGAGGGAUGUAAAAUAGGCAAAUUGUUCCUUACAGCAACUUAAGCUGUUGCUUUUUCAUCCGCUUCUCAGUCAGCAACUGCAAUGUUACCUCCACCCAUGUGCCAUAAAGUGAAAUAAGCUCAAGAGUUAAAUAGUUGGAAAUCAGGUGCAAGAAGAUUAGGAACUGAAGCACUUUGAUCAAAUUUCCCAGUAACCGAAACACCGACAUUCCCAAGCCCACGUCCUCUUUGAUCUACAUCCUAAAAUUUAGGUUUAGCAUCCAAAUCUACAGCAUUAAGUUCCAGCAUGCUCAAUACAUACUGGAUUUUACCAACAUUAAGUUGUACAACAUUUGGUGCAGGGACAAAAGGGCCAAAUAUUACAUUUGAUACUGGUGGAAAGAGACUACAAACUACAUUUUUUAAGAUCCUAGACCAUUUGACAUCCUAAAUUCCACCUUGAACUUGGAUUUUUUUUUAGGCCUCCUUACUUUCUGAAAGCUCCCAGGUUCCCCAGAUACAUUAACUUGAAUGUUUCCCUCAUAAUGACACACCCUAGUCAUCCUGAUGGUUAGUUAACUCAGGUGCAGCGUAGCCUUUCCAUAUUUAUCACAAAGAUGAGUCAUUCAUUUUCCUACUCAAUGCUAUGAUUUCAGAGCUGGACCAGUUUCCUUCCACUUAACAUAUUUACCUCCUGCAACAGUUUUGUUUUCCUCCUGUUGUGGACAGAAACAACAAGAUUUCCAUUUUUCCAUCGCUCGGUAAAAGGAACUUGUCAAAAUGAAUAAGGCCCAGCUCUGCUUUGUUUAUAAAGUGCACUUCCGACUUACAAAGAGGCCGAUAUUCGGAUGAUGACAAGUAUACGACCGUGAACUUGCUCUCAUGAAGCAUUGUAAUUUCCUGACAGAAAAAGGGGAUGGAGGUGGAGAAGUGGAAGACCUACAUACAUGCUGCUUGAGUGUUGCCUUGUCGUUCUGUUUGUGUGCCAUGUUUAUCCCCCCCUCUCUUCCCGGGGGGCAGCCCUUUUGAGUUCUUCGAAGAAGGUGACAUCCGUCUUGCUGCUCCUCCAACGAUAAGAAUGCAAAACAAAAAAAAAAACAAAAAAAACAAAAAAAAAAACAACAUCAACUCCGUGGUUUGAGUGACUUUUACGAGCUUGAAAGAGAUUUAUUGCUCGGGGUGAUUGCACAAUCAGAACUCAUCAGAGUUUGCCAUCCCUGACCCGGAGGAGGACGAGCCCCGUUCCUCCUUCGCAUGUGGAAAAAGUUGUCGCCCGCAGAAAUGCGGAACGUGCUAGCAGGAGCUCGGGGACAUUCUAGGAUUCUUGGACGGAGUUCUGAGGUUCUACGCCGGAGCGCGAAGGGACAAGGACCAAUGAGCAUUCAGGGGAGGGCACAGAGAAAGACUUUUGUUUUUUAUUUCGGGGACAAAGCUAUUGUCCAAUAGCAUUCCAGAUGGACAGCACCUGUGCUCCACAUUCAUUAUCCUCCGUUGAACACACCACUGAUUUGUUCACGAUAGAAAAAUAUGAAAAUAGAGUUUGUUUUUGCUGCUUUUCCUGUGUAAAUUUUCUAAUUCAGAGUUCUAGAUUGCAAUAGUUUGUACCAAGUGAGAUUUGCUAUUUCUUUCCAUUUUUAUACGUAUAUAUAUUUACAAUUUAGCUGAUUAAAAUAUUUGCAUUUUGUGAGAGCAUUAAUAGGAUAUAGUGUAUAUUAAUUUGUACAAUGUUCCUUAGCAAGCCAUGGGGAAGAUUAGCUAUUUACAUCAACUAAUAACCUAAUAUUAAUGUUAUUGUAUGAUUAAUAUUGUUGUUAUAAGAUAUUUGAAAUGCUAUUUUUAUUCUAUUACAGAUUUAGAGUUUUUAGCUUACAUGAGAAGGUCUUUGGUAAAUAUUGGAUGUAUUUAGAAUGUUAUGUAUUUCAGUUUAUAUUGUAAACAGUGUUUAAAAUGUUAAUAUUGUUGAUUUGAUUACUGUAAUAAUUAUUUGUUUUUGUUAUUCAACAUUAUUAUCACUGCAUUUUAUUUGAUAUUAAUUAUGGAAAACAGAAAGCACUUGCCAGAUAUGUUUAUUUUUUAAGUGCCAUGCGACUACACUUCCCCUUCUUCUCACCUCUCGGUUAUUUUGAACCUUCCUUAUGUCAUUCUGUACAUAUUUGUAUUUCUUUUUACAAAAAUUAAAUGCCAUUUAGUUUAAAUAUGAA